AUGGAGGAUUGCAAUACGAGCAAGUAUCCAAUAGAAGCAAAGUUGCAGCUCGUAAAGGAUGUGGAAGGAAUCUUAGUGGAUUCGAAAGAGUAUAGGUGUAUCAUCGGGUGUCUUAGCUACUGCAGUAUCGUGUUAAGGACUUUGGUUGAGAAACUUGUUGAGCGAGGUGCUCGGAUGCGAGCCGAGGUCGGCAACACUUUAGUAGACAACAAGUCUACAAUAGAAUUAAUGAAGAAUGCGGUGUUUCAUGGAUGCAACAAACACAUCGACACUCGGUUCCACUUCAUUCGUGAAUGUGUUGAGAACCGACAGAUCGUUGUAGGGUUUGUAAGCACUAGAGAGCAAUGUGUAGACAUUUUCACCAAAGCACUAGCAAAAGUCAAAUUCGCGGAGAUGCGAGAGCUGCUUGGCAUGAAGAAUAUCGAACCAAAUCAAACUUAUAGGGGAGACUGUGAGUUUAAGAAUUGA